AAAAUCAUAUAAAUUGGAUUGGCCCGAUUUAAUUUUAAACCAUUUUGAUAAUCAACUGGUAUCUGAGAAUUCGUUAUUAUCCGAUUUUAUUAUGGAUCAAAUUUGUAUAUUUCGUGUAGAGCGGAUACAGUUUUCAAAUGAUGAUAGUUCUGAAUUUAUAUCUGCACUUCAUGUGCAAAGUUCAUCAUUAAUUUCCAAGAUAGAUCAACGUGAAACAGAAGUUGAUAUUUCAUCAUUAUUUGUUCCACGUAAAGUACCAUCAAUUGUAGGAUUUGAAAAUGAAAUUGAUUCUCUUUAUCAAAUUAUAAGUGGCUCAUUUUUAAACACAGAAAUUCAUAGCAAAUUUGGAAUACAAGAAACAAGAACAGCAUUAAUUAUAGGUCCACAUGGAAGUGACAUAUUUGUAAUAAACUAUCAGCAACAUUAUUCAUGAUAUCAUUAACAACGAUGAUGAUAAAACAUGAUAUGUUUGAAAGUAUUGAAGAAGAUGAUGAUAAAAAUCCAUUGAGAAUUAUGUUUACAAAAGCUAUGUUAUCUG